AUGCAGCCAAAUCCUUCACCAAUUUGUAUUUCACAUGUUGCUAAAUAUUCUCAAAUGUGGAGAUAUUUUGAUAGAGGACUUUAUUUAUUUCUUAAAAAUCAGCUUUAUAUUCAAUUAAUAAAUUACCAAUUUAAUUAUAAAUAUCAAAAAUUAAAUUUUUAUUUAAAUUUUCCAAUAUUCCGUAAAAUACUGGCUACUUUAUCUGUUUUCAUUUUUGUUCUUAUUUGGCAUGGAUUUAAUUCUAAUUUUUGUUGGUGGGUUUCUCUAAGUGCUUUUGGACUUUUUAUUGAACGCUUGGCAAAUUCUAAUAUAUUUUUAUUUAACAAAUUUAUUCAAAAAAAUAUUUUAUUAAAAAUGUCAUUUGCAGCAAAGAUUCGAUUAAAGGCUAUUUUUAUGUUGACAACUUUAAUUCCUGGUUAA